UCUCUCUUGAGAAGGAUUUCCGGUUGAUACAUCUUGAUCUUACCAACGUCGCUGAUACAAACGGAUACAUUUCCGAAUAAAAGAUCCUCUAAAUUGCCUGUAGAUCUUCUACAGUGCAUCGGUAGACAAAGUUCGCAAGAAUUUGAUCUUUAAUCAUUCAACAUCAGUUAUCCUAACACUUGGAUACAGUUUUCGCGCCAAAAAUCAAAGUGCAUUUACAUCUAAGUUUGUGGUGGGAAAUUUGAAUUAGACCGUUGCCGCUCAGCUCCAGUGUGAUCUGAGGACUCAUCAUGUUCCAGCUAUCGGCAGGCCUGCUGGUCAUGGCAUUAUUUGUCAACUCGGCUUUGGCAACUGAAACGAGUGAUGAAGACUCGACCCCGAAGUUCAUGCGUCCGAUCGGCAAUGUGUCGGUCCCUUUAGGCCAUGAAGCUAUUCUCGUCUGUGCUGUCUCCGGAUUGGGAGAUUAUAUGUGGGAUGGGUGCGGCUGCUGGAUCAGACGGUUCUAAGCCUGCAUACUCAAGUGAUGACUCCAAGCUCCCGAUUCCUGACAACCCAUGACAACCAGAACCAGUGGAAGCUGCACAUCAAGGGUGUGACAGCGAAGGACAUAGGCUGCUACAUGUGUCAGAUCAACACUAAAGUCAUGAAGAACCAGAUUGGGUGCCUGGACGUUCUCAUUCCGCCGGACAUCAAGGAUGAAGGCACCAGUUACGAAGUGAUUGUCCAGGAAGGAGGUGACGCCGACCUGACUUGCAACGCUGUCGGAGUGCCCAUGCCAAAAGUGACCUGGAAGCGAGAGGAUAACCAAAACGUGGUGUUGAACGGCAGCCACUUGGUCGCCUCACCAGGCGACGACGACACUCGCAAACAGAGUAGCAGCCACUCUGUCGCCUCACCAGGCGGCGGUGACAGUCGCAAGCUGAGUGGCAUCCACUUGCUCGCUGCAAUGAGAAAGCAGAGCAAGCGGAGAAAGCAGAGUGGCAGCCACUUGGUCGCCUCACCAAAGGAUGGAGACACUCGCAAUGAGAGUGACAGCCACUUGGUCGCUUCACUAGGCGACACUCGCAAGCCAAGUAGCAGCCAGUUGGUCGCCUCGUCAGGUGACUCACAUGUUGUAGGCCCCAUCAUUCAUUUCACCAACGUCAAUCGGAUGCAGAGUGGCAAGUACGUGUGUAUUGCUACCAACGAGGUGCCCCCAGCCGUCAGCAAGCUCAUUUCGCUCCACGUUCAAUUUGAGCCGAAAUUGACAGUUGAUAAUAUAGUUGUUGGAGCGGUGUUGGGAGGCGUGGCCUCAAUGAGCUGCACAGCUGAGAUGUCCCCCGUGACACCCGUUACUUGGUCCAUGUCCGACACUAAAUGCGGUGACCGUUGCCGAAUAGAAGAAACGAAGAAUGCGUACAUGUUGCAAACUAAACUGAUCAUCACCGAUGUGUCGAGCCAGGACUUUGGAGAUUAUCACUGCACUGCCGAAACUAAUGGGACGAGGCUCACAAAAAUGGUUCGGCUACAUGAUAUGACUCCUACGACCACUAAGCCACCUCCAACUACCAGCACCACCACUGAGACAACCACUGCCACCGUCAAGGUCACCACCGCAAAGGCUAAGAGACCACGUGUCACCACUUCCACCUCCACUGAAAUAGCUCCGCAAAACUAUCAAGUUCCCGUCGUCAUCGAGAACGGCGUGAGGAUUGAGGGUGACGUCAUUGCCGGCAACCCGAGCAGUGGAAGUCGUCGCAGUGACGGCGUCAUCAAGUCACGUGCCUCCUCCAUUCAUAAGUCGGUGGCCCAGCUGUUUCUACUUGGAUUUUUCUGGCUGAUGGAUCAGGCAUUGAAGCAGUAGAGACUACAACUGAGCACUGAUUUGGAAGACUGCGGAAGAUUAUUGAAUUCGAUUCGGAAAAAGGAAUUAUUAUAUAUUAUAUAUUACAGGAAGUAUUAAUAUUAAGAAGAAUCUCACCCUGAGUGUUUCUACCCUAGUAGCUGUCAAGCUCAACGUUUUUACUGUGAAGAGUAUUUUUUAUGUUUGUACCUAAAUUAAGAUGAAUGAAUGAAAGUUAUUGUCAUAAUAUAUUUGUUAGGAAUAUUACCUAUCAUAGUAACUAUUCUCAUAAGAAUAGUAUUAUUAUUUAUGUCCGCGUCUUGAUAAUCCCCAAAUAUUACCUCUUUGCGUCCCUCAUUAUAUCUUAUUUAUCAUUCAAUUUCCAUACAUUUUUAAUUGAUAACUCUACAUUUUUCAUCAGUUCAAAUUUAUCGCAAUUUGAUUUUUCUUCAUUAAAAUUCACUUCUCUAAUGAGAUUAGUAAGAAUGGUCAAGUCGUUCUGAGUUCCAUGUAGCUAUAGUGAGGUCCACGUUAUAAUGGCAGUGGAGAAAGAUAGGAGAACUACGUUGCCGGUCCUCUGUCUUGUCAAUGCCUUCUAUGGAGGGUAAAUGAUACCGGUUUAUUGAUUGUCUCUUCUACUCAGGGCUACUUUUCAUAUAAUAAAAAUAUAAAUCUCAGUCCCCUUUAAAAUUAUUUUAUCACAACAUGUUUCAGACAUUAAUGCGACUUUAUUAAUGUAAUAUUAACUGUUCAUUCUCGUUUGAAAUAAUCAAUUAUAUUUUAUCAAGCGAUAAAUUAUAUUUUUAAAUUAUUCCAUAAUGAACUUACAUUAUCAAGAUGAAAUAUUCUGUUUAUCAAUUAUAUUUCUACAUUGUUCAAAAAAACAAUCUUGCAUCAGAGCAGAGCGAGAAAGAGAUAGCGCCAUCCACUUUGUUAAAUGUUAGACAAAGAUUGCAAUACCAUUGCUAAUCAAACACUGCCAUUAUAACGUGGACCUCACUAUAGAGAGCAGUGGCACCGUUCCACCAAACUGUCAGAAGAGGCAAACACAAGUUGUUAAAGUCUCGGUCCCGGCUGAAGUAUGACAGUCGUAGGGCUUGCAUCUCAAAACACGUCAGAAUAUGUUUGUGUUAAAUAGUUUGGCUUUACGUUACCGUAUGAUUUUCGAGAAUGUUAUAUUCUGCCUACCUGUGCAAUGAUAGGAAAAUUUGGAUAUAGAAUGGAUACAGACGGUUGAUAGCGAGUUGAAAUCUACAUAUCAACUUGAUUUUAGAAAAAUCAUGUUUUAGACAUCUGUUUGGACAUGUUUUUAGAAAAAAAGCGAACCAAUGUCAAUCAGAUUCCAACUUUGAAAUGUGAAUGUCACUAUAGAAGCACUGUCCUUGAGCCAUUUUCCAAAACGUAUUCAAUGUUUCAAAUAUUUAAUUUCAUCUAGGGCCGGUUUCCGAGUUCGGGAUUUAGCUAAGUUCUAGACUUUAAACAGCUGGAGUCAGAAAAUUGGCUUUCCAGAACGGGGACCACGUUUAAAUUAAAUUUCGUAAAACCAGAAAAUUGAACACAAAAUAAAAUUAAGAGAAAAUAGUGUAAAGUUUCAGCUAUUUAGGAAUGUUUCAUUUCAUGAAGGAAAAACGUUUCCAAUAAUAGAAAUGAGGAGAUAAAGAUUACCAUAAAAACUGCGACUACGCCCCGAUUCGGAUGCCAAUUUUCUGACUCCAUCUGUUUGAAGUCUAGAACUUAAAAAAUCCCGAGCCAGGAAACCGGCCCUAGAAAUUUUUUAAGAGCAUCUGAUUAUUGCUCAUGUAUUGUAGUUUGUGAUACUUUACUAUAAAAUAUUGCUCAUUAAUGAUGACAGGGUAAACACAAGAGGUUGAAGUUAACAACUUUACGUAAUUGCGUCUUUCUCAUUUGUGUAAAUUGUUUAUUAUAUUAUCUUCUAAUUAACUCAUUAACUCCUUCAUUUUGUGACUGAUAUCUUGAAAUGGCGAAUUCCAAUCGUAUCAGCUAUUUUGGAAAUUCGAUCAGCGCAACAAAAUGUCAUCUCAUUAGAAUGGUUACAGUUGGUCAGCGUCAACUGAUCACUUCAAAAAUCGUAAUUGAAAGUUGGUAUUUUAUUCGGCGUGGGAGUAUUCCCAAUAUAUAAUGUAAUGUGAUGAAAAAUAAUGAAUAAAUAAAUGUUAAGGGUCAUGGUAACAACUUUAGAUGGCAUUCGGGUUUUUCUUGAGCCAGUAACAUAACACAACAGAAUAAUGUUGGGGAUUAAACUAGUACAUGAUCUCAUUAAUCCUUUGCUACUUGUAGUCUAUGAAUAAUGCAAGUUGAGAAGAAGCUAAGAAUCAUUUAUGGGCAUCUGCCCGUUUCAUCAACUUCUAACUGAAUGGGCCUACAUAUCGUUGUAUCGAACUUAAUUGAAAUAAUUUAAAGUAAUUUGAAUUGAAAGCAUUAUGAAUUAUGUUCAUUGUUUUCUAUGUCCAUUGUUUUCAACCCCACUAUAUGUGAUAUAUUUUUUUAUGUGAACUGUGAAUUAAAAAAUAAAAAACAUAUAA